CUUAUUCAAGUACUAAUUAUUAAUUAAGACCAUGUGCCGGAUCAGUAAUCUAAGGACGGCAUCUCUUGCUUCUGAAAAAAAAAAAAGGAAGGAAGGCAUCUUCUGUUCAUCUUGCUUGCGCAUAUUCCUUCAUAUUUCUUCGCUUCACAAGAAUUCCUACCAGUAACAAUAAUAUAUGCAGAACCAAAACCUGGAAUAAGGGUGCAAGUCAAACAAUGGAUCAUCAAGAUGAACUUGUUCCCCAUGUACUAAUAUUCCCUUUACCCAUUCAAAGUCCGGUGAAUAGUAUGCUGAAGCUAGCUGAACUUUUGUGCCUUGCCGGGCAUCGCGUAACAUUCCUCAACACAAAGCACAACCACAAUCGUCUUCUGCGUUGCACCAAUAUCCAGUCCCGUUUAGAUCAAUAUCAAGGAAGAUUCCUCCUGGAAAAAGUCGAUGAUGGCCUUCCGGAUGAAGAUCCUCGUACUGCUGAACAGUUUACAGAGAUUCUCGAUUCUUUGCAGAGUGUGGCCGAGCCUUUCUUAAGGGAGGUACUGUGCGGUGAACGUUUUAGUUGUAACAGUAGUAAACGGCCUCCAAUUACAUGCAUCAUAGCCGAUGGAUCGUACUACUAUGUUCUUGAUGUUGCUGAGGAGAUGGGAAUCCCACUCAUUUUUUUCGAAACUAUCAGCCCUUGUUGUCUUUGGGUUUACAUGUGCGUUCCCAAACUCAUUGAAGCUGGUGAACUCCCCUUCAAAGGAAAGUGAAACAAAAAAUGGUUACAAAGGCAAUUUCUCAAAAGAUUAUGAACCGGUUUGACAUGUGUGCGGUCAAGAUAUGCUGUCAAGUCCACAGACAUAGGAUUCCAAACGACAAAGAAAGUUUUCUAUUCGAAACCAACUUCUAAUUGGGCAAUUAGCUGAGAUCGGCGAUCCUUAUUAGUAUCGAUAUUUAGUUAGGAAAGUAUUAUGUACUUUUCCCAGAGUGAGUAGGACUCAAUUUCUUUGGAAGAGAUUUAUAAGUAGCAAUAAAAAAGUGAGA